CAAAGACUUCUGGUUUCAAAACAGGAAAAUAGUUUCUACGUCCAACCAGAGAAGAUUUACCGCCUCCAAGCGCAGAGACCAAAAAUAAACGGGGCAGUAAUGAAAUUAGAGGGGUAGCGGUGUGUGUGUGUGUGUGUGUGUGUGUGUGUGUGUGAGGGAAUGCUGCAGCACCUGAGAGGCAGACAUGCAGCUGAGCUCCUCCCACCGCCUGCAGCAGCAGCGCUGUUACCUAGAAACCAGCCGGAGCCGGAGCGACCAGCGGGCGGAGCAGCAGCACUGAGUCCGGCUGCGGAGCGCCGAGCGCGGCGUGGCGCAGCGCGGUGGGGCCGGGACGCGCCUGGAGGUCUCUCCUGUUUCCCCGCUGAAAGCCUCGGAGCGGCGGACCGCGCAGCGCCUGGAGCCUGGAUCUGGAUCCCUGCUGUCCUUGGAGAACAGAGCCGAUGUGAAUCAGACCUGGAGGAGGAUCAUCCUCUGCUUUUCUGUCCACGGCGGAGCGACAGCCGUGUCUCAACAUGGGGGGCGCCUCGCCGGGCGGGGCCGCGUGGGAGAACGGCAGCCUGGCGCCCGGCGUCUCGUUGUUCCUGUUCAACGACCAGAACGACUCGCUGCUCAACGCCACCAACUCCACCGCCCUGGACGGCGCCGGGCCCAGCGCCGCCGCCGUCCUCAUCCCGCUCAUCUAUGUCGUCGUCUGCGUCAUCGGCCUGGGCGGGAACACGCUGGUCAUCCACAUCGUGCUGCACUACUCCAAGACCGAGUCGGUCACCAACAUCUACAUCCUGAACCUGGCCAUCGCAGACGAGCUGUUCAUGCUGGGCCUGCCCUUCCUGGCCGUCCAGAACUCGCUGCAGGCCUGGCCCUUCGGACCCUUCAUGUGCCGACUCGUCAUGACCGUCGACUCCAUCAACCAGUUCACCAGCAUCUUCUGCCUCACCGUCAUGAGCGUCGACCGCUACCUCGCCGUCGUUCACCCCAUUCGCUCCUCCAAGUGGCGGCGCCCUCCGGUGGCCAAAGUGGUGAACGGCACCGUGUGGGCUCUGUCCUUCCUGGUCGUCCUGCCGGUGGUGAUCUUCGCCAACAUCCAGAAGGCGGGAGGAACCUGCAACAUCAGCUGGCCGCAGCCGGCCAACAUCUGGAGGGCCGCCUUCAUCAUCUACACCUCCACCGUGGGUUUCUUCUGCCCGCUGCUCAUCAUCUGCCUCUGCUACCUGCUCAUCGUCUUCAAGAUCCGCAGUUCGGGCAAAAAGGUCCACGCCACCUCAACCAAAAGGCGGAAGUCGGAGCGGAAAGUGACGCGAAUGGUGGUGAUAGUGGUGGCGGUCUUCGUCUUCUGCUGGUUGCCUUUCUACGCCCUGAACAUCAUCAACCUGCUGGUGUCUCUGCCGUCGGACUACCAGGGGCUUUACUACUUCGUGGUUGUGCUCGGAUACGCCAACAGCUGCGCCAAUCCCAUCGUUUACGGCUUCCUGUCCGACAACUUCAAGAGAGGUUUCCGGAAGGCCCUGUGCCGCUCCACCAGGAAGGUGGAGAGCCACGAACCGGCGGAAAGUCCGCGGCAGCAGGACGAGGGGCGGCGGGCGCUGCUGCCCAGGGAGAGCCUGCGGCGGGCCGUCCGCCACGACGAUGACGACGAUGAAGAUGCGUCUGAAAUGACUGAGAUCUACCAGAUCACCCAGAACGGGAACGGCGGCUUCCCGCCUCAGGCCGCGGAGAGAGCGGCGGAGAGUUCGACCCCGGACCGGGGCGACGGCGGCGGGGACCCCAGAGGGAAGGAACCGGCCGACGGGCCGACCCUCACCGGGUCGGUUCUGACCGGUUCGGUCCUGACUGGGUCGGUUCCGACAGUCCCGCUGCUGCUGAACGGAACCAAAAACGGAAGCGUGAAAACUCUGCCGGAAGAAAACACGGAACAGAGCCCCUCACUGGAGAUAAGUUAUUUAUAGUGUAAAAUAAGAAAUAAAAAAAAUAGCUUAAUAUCAUGGUGGCCUUCAGUGGCGUUCAUACAGUCUGUAUGACUAUAAUCUGUAGAUAUUUGCACAUCUAGAUGUAUAACUGUGCCUUUACCUGCUCUUUGGUGUUAAAUGUUGGUUUGAACAGAAAAUUAGAGGAAAAUUCACAAAACCAUCUGCCUGCACUAAGACAUCGAUACUGAGUAAAAACUGGGCUCAUAUCGCCGAUACUAAUUCCUAUAACGAUACUUUCUUUUGAGAUGUCAUUAUCACUGAAUAUCUUCAAUAGUUUAACAGAGAAGUGUUAUCAUAUUCAACCAUAUUCACAUCUGCAAAUAUUUUAAAAAGUAUCCUGAUGUGAAACUGAAGAAGUGAUUUUUUUAUAUUUAGGAUUUUAAUUUGCUGGUAUGAACUCUGUCAGCAAAUUCCAGAAAUUUCCUGGGAGAGAAACUGUAAACAAAGUAUUGAUCUUAUCAAGCUAGUAUCGAUCUGACACCAAUACUCACCUUGGUAUAGAUAGUAUUGGUAUUUUGAUUGAUAAAAACCAGAUUCUACUUCUCCAACUAUAAGCUUUAAGAUCUGCAGAUCUAGAUGUGAUUGGCUGCAACUUGCCGAACUGAAUGUUUGUUUCUUUAUUUAAAACAAUUCAGGGAGCAAAACCUGCAGAAACCAUAAAAAUAUGUUGUUGCUUUGUGAGUUUUCCUCUUGUUUUGUUAAAUCUUUGUCAGAGUGAUCAUUUGCUAUUUUCUUUUUUUUUUAAAGUGUUGCAGAAAGAUUAUCAGAAAGUACAGUUAGCAAACAGAUUAAAACUUCUUCAUAUGUAAUUUAACUCCUAGAUUCUACUGAGUUUGUUGUAAUAUUUUCAUUUUGAUUCAGAACAAAUGGAUUCCACUCGUUUUGUUUCUGCUCUCAGAUUGAUUUCUGAAACGCCUGUCAGAGCUCCUGACGUUAACCAAAGUCCUUCACAGUUCAGUUGUUCUGCUUCGCUUUGUGCGGCUAACGCUCUGAAGGUCAGCCUCUAAAAAGCUUCAGGUAAACAGUCUUACAUCACUGCGGCAAUUCAGCACAUUUGGAGAAAUAUUUCUUUCAUAAAUAACAGGUAGAGCGACGCUUUUAUGAUUCUGAUUCAAGAACAAAUUAAUUUCACAUUCCAGUUAGAAAUGAAAAUCCAGAGACAAUUCAAAACAUCUUUCAACUUAUAAAACCUUGACUGCGCAGGCCACGCCCCCCUUGGCUGUAGGUCAUGCCCCCUUGGCUGCAGGCCAUGCCCCCUUGGCUGCAGGCCACGCCCCCCUUGGCUGUAGGUCAUGCCCCCUUGGCUGCAGGCCAUGCCCCCUUGGCUGCAGGCCACGCCC